AUGCGUCCCCCAGUCCAAGUAACCCUAACCCCCGCUCCCCUCCUUCUCACCCUCCUCCUCCUCACCCCCCCAUCAACCGGCACAAUCACCAACCCCACCACCCUGCCCACGCCCCCGAUGGGCUUCAACAACUGGUCGCGCUUCAUGUGCGACCUCAACGAAACCCUCUUCGUCACCACCGCCACCGCCAUGCAGACCACCGGCCUGCAAGCCGCCGGCUACACGCGCCUCAACCUCGACGACUGCUGGAUGGACACGGCGCGGCUCCCCAACGGCUCGCUCAGCUGGAACACGACCAAAUUCCCGCGGGGGAUCCCGUGGCUCGCCGCGCACCUGGGGUCGCUCAACUUCACGCUGGGCAUCUACCAAGACGCCGGCAACGCGACCUGCGGCGGGUACCCGGGCUCGUACGGCCACGAAGCCCUGGACGCGGCCACCUUCGCCGAAUGGGGCAUGGACUACCUCAAACUCGACGGCUGCAACGUCUUCGCCGCUGCGAACCGCACCCUGCAGGAGGAAUACCGCCACCGCUACGCCAACUGGCACACCAUCCUCAGCACCCAAGCGGCCCAGGCCCAGAACCGCAAACCCCUGAUCUUCUCCGAAAGCGCCCCCGCCUACUUCGCGGGCACCGGGAACAACACGGACUGGUACAAGGUCAUGGCCUGGGUCCUGCGCUACGGCGAGCUGGCCCGCCACUCCACCGAUAUCCUGGUCUAUGCCGGCGCCGGCAGCGCGUGGGACAGUAUCCUCAACAACUACGAUUACAACGUGCUGCUGGCCCGCUACCAGCGGCCCGGGUACUUCAAUGAUCCGGAUUUCUUGAUCCCCGAUCAUCUCGGGCUGACGCUGGCGGAGAAGAAGAGCCAUUUUGCGCUGUGGGCGGUCAUGGGCGCGCCGCUGAUUAUUAGUGCCUAUAUCCCUGGGUUGGGGGAGGAGGUGGUGCAGGUGUUGCGGAAUGAGCGGUUGAUUGCUGUCGAUCAGGAUGCGUUGGGGCUGCAGGCGACGCUUGCGGUGAGGGGGGUGGCGGAGGGGGUGGAUGUGUUGACUAGGUCGUUGGUGGAUGGCGGGAGGGUCGUUGCGGUGCUGAAUCGGGGGAAUGAGACGGUGGAUAUUAGGGUUGGAGUGGAGAGGUUGGGGCUGCAGGCUGGGUGUGAGUAUGAGGCGGAGGAUCUUUGGGAUGGGCGUGUGGUCAGGGUGGAGGGCAGUUUGGUGGUGGAGGGGCUGGAGAUGCAUGCGACGGGGGUCUGGAGGGUUAGGGUUCCGGAUGGGUGUAAGGUGGUCCCCACGGGCAUCGUGUUUAAUACCGCGUCUGGGCGGUGUUUGACGGCUGGGGCGGGAGAGGGGGAGGGGAAGGGGGUUGGGUUUGAGACGUGCGAGGCGCUGGAUGCGCAGGUCUGGCAGGUCACGGCGCAGGGCGCGCUGCGGCCGCUGUCGAGUACGGCGCUGUGCUUGACGGCGGCGGCGGGGGAGGUGAGCUUGCAGGCUUGCCAGGGAGGGGCGGACCAGAAGUGGGAGUAUGCGGUUUCUGGGAAUCUGAGGAAUGCGAAGACCGGGGAGUGUCUCACCGAGGGAGACGCGUUGGUGGGUGCUUGUUUGGUGGAGGCGGAUACUCAGGUCUUUGGCUUGCCGAGUGGUGUUGCCCUGGUGUGA